AUGGCUCCGUCGGUGGAGGAAAAGCCUCUCAACGGUGUUGACACACCAAAGCAACUUCUUCAAGAUCUCGAGAACAGCAAAACUCUCCCAUUAUGGACUCAGAUGGCUCGGCUAAACCCACCUGCCCCCAACCCAAAGACAAUCCCUUUCGUCUGGGAGUACGGAAGCAUUCGCCCACACUUGGUGCGGGCCGGCAGCCUCAUCUCUGAGAAGCAGGCUGAGAGGCGAGUGUUGAUGUUGGUCAACCCCGCUAGAGACGCUCCGUACACAACUGAUACCAUCUACGCUGGCCUGCAGCUUGUCAUGCCCAAUGAAACUGCCCCAGCCCACAGGCAUACUGCUUUUGCCAUGCGUUACAUCAUUGAGGGUAACGGAGGCUUUACCGCAGUCCACGGCAAGAGAAUUAAGAUGCAGAAGGGAGAUGUUAUCCUUACACCGACCUGGAAUUGGCAUGAUCAUGGAAAGGAUAGCUCUGGGCCUAUGAUCUGGCUAGAUGGUCUGGAUUUGCCUAACUUCCGCCAUUUCCCCGUCCACUUUGUCGAACACUUCGAGCAGCCUAGAUACCCUGCUGAGAAUGUUGAUACCAGUGUUUCGCCUAUUGUGUUUCCUUGGGUUCGCAUGAAGGCCAGACUUGAUCAGGAUCAGGGUAACUGGGCCACUCAGCGAUACCUGAAGGAUGACGGGCGGGAAGUGAGCCGUGUGCUUGGUGGCUGUGCAGAGAGAUUGGAUGCUUCCACCUCGUCCCCCGCCCGGCGCGAGACUACUUCUGCCGUCUACCACGUUAUCGCAGGAAGCGGCACUUCCCAAGUUGGCGACGUAAACCUCACAUGGAAUACUGGCGAUACUUUCUGCGUUCCUUCAUGGUACAAAUACCAGCAUGUCGCUAAUGAGGGCGAAACUGUGUAUCUUUACCGCUUUGACGAUAAGCCAAUGAUCACAGCUCUUGGAUUCUAUCGUACGGAACAGACCGAAGUGGAAAGCCUUGUCUCUGAUUAA